AUGACCGAGAAAAUUCAAGUGGAGGAUGUAGAAUCUGCGGCUGCGCAAUUCUCAACAAAAGAUGAUUUUAGUUUAUUUACAUGUGCAAUUAUUUCACGGAUACUGACGACCCUAUUCACAGCAGCCACGGCUGACCUACUGCCAACCUACAGCUUGCCACAUACCUCUGGACAUGGCCGUGGCGGCGCCUUCAGUGGAUUAGUAUCUGUUGAUAUGCGCUCAUUUUCUGGUAGCUCUGAGUUUUCUGGUCCAUCUCACUCUGUGGUCAGUUGUGGACACAGACAGGUCCGGCAUGUGGAUGGCAGCUGUGUAACUCCUCAGGUCAACCGGAACUUAUUCUUGUACAAAGUUCCUGCAGCAACACCGAUCGUAGCUCCAAGACCAAACGCUCCACCAAGAGUUGAAGACAAUAUUUUACUCAUUCAGUUCCCUGAGGAGCUUCUAAACCAAGAACCAAUCAUGGUACCACCACCACAACAGAGGAACGUUGUGUAUGUGCUCAACAAGCGGCCACAUCAUGACCAUAAGCUUAUUCACGCACCAGGACCUGAGCAGCCAGCUCCCGAGGUGUACUUUGUCAACUAUGCUGAAGGAGAGAACCCGACUCUACCAAGCGGUGGCGAUCUCCAGUCUGCCCUUAAAACUGCUUUUGAAGGUGGCGGUGAACUUAUUGGUAGCAGUGGUUAUGGUCUCAGUGGCAUUGUUGGAGGCACUGAAGGCUAUGGUAGCCUUAGUAUUGGCAAUACUGGAGGCACAAGUGGUACUGUUAGCGGAGAUAUCAGUGGAACAUCUGGCUUCUCUGCUCCGUCUGCACGUUAUAGUCUCCCUUAGAGCAUGCCACUAUCUGGAAUAGUUAUUAUGAAGUGUUAAAUCCAGAACUAAACAGAAGCAACAGUAAAUGUAGCAACCACAUAUGAUAAUAAUAUAUUUACUGUAUACUAUUUAUAUUCUGUUGGAAAUGUAUUAAAAAU